GGCAGUCCUGAGCACUCUCUUCCCAAGCACUCUCCCAUAACACAACAACACGCUAAGAGAACGCAACGAGCGGUUGAGAAAGGGCGUCUCCUUGUCGUCGUCCUCGCACGCCCGACGUGCGAGUGCUAACUGAAUUGGUAUGUGGUAUGACUAGUGUCUCGGCUGUCCGGAGGGGCUCUUAUCAGCAAAUCCAUCGACUUCAACACCUCCAGAAACCUGAACCACAGGCACCCAGGAUGAAGAAGCGUUCAUUUGCUGGACACAUAGGGGUGGGUGUGUUUGUAGUGGCUCUUGUCACCGUGGUUGUGUCAUUUUGCGCUCCUGCUUGGCUAGUGUCCGAUCAUCGAAUUACCGGGGCGAAGCUCGACCGACUGGGUCUGUGGUCGCACUGUUUUCGUUCUCUUGCACCUCCUGGCGACGAGUAUCUUCGGCGCUUCUUCGUGGGAUGCCGCUGGGUCUACGAUCCAUUCACUACUGGUUAUGAUGAAAUUCGUGGAUUUCUUCUUCCUCCAUUUAUGAUAGCUACACAGUUCUUCUUCACAUUAUGUUUUCUUGCGGUUUUGGCAUCAUUCUUGCUGGUUCUUCUGCUCGUCUUGUGUUGUGGACCUGAGCAGACACAUUUUAUACUACUAUUGAGAGCAUUGUCUGGCUUACUGCUUUUUGCAGGCAUUAGUGGAGCAAUUGGCGUGAUAGUAUUUGCAUGUUUGGGUAAUGCUGAUGGUUGGAUGCCUGAACAUGCAAAUAACUUUCUUGGCUGGGCCUUUGGCCUAGCUGUUGUGGGUGUUGUUGCAUGUCUAAUUUCUGGUGGACUGUUUCUUACUGAAACAAAUGUCCAAAACAAGAAACGCAAGCAAUUUAAAGAGUCUCAGGCCAGAUUUGAGUUGCAGCAGCAGGAAUCAAAAGCCUAAGAAAGAAGAAAGGAAGGCAGCUCUACUCCCCAGAGCAGUAUCCGUCGUUUCAGACCAUAUGAACUGUUCAUUAUACUUUUGUGUGUAAAUGUACACACCACUCGUAUCUGAUGGAAAUCAACACGAACCGAUUACAUUCUUCACAAUCUUUCCGCAACUAGUUUUGUAGUUUGUGAUGAGUUAAUUCUGGUCCAUUCAGUGAUUGAACACACUGAUAAUCCAUAUUUUAUUUGCAUCAGGUGAGUAUAAUGAAUAUUUCAGAAUAUAUCUUCUCCGUCCACUUUGAUAACUUAUAACUACUCCGUCCUCGAAUAUUGUUAUUUUAUCUCUUUUAUAGUUUCAAUUUACCAUUUUAUACAAGUUAUCAGUUUUUACUAUUUGUUGACUGAAUAUAUUUUGAAACAUUGAAAUUUAUUUCAUAGUUCUUUAGGAACUUUUGUACUGACAGUAUUUGAGAAAACAAAUGAUCUAGAAUAUACUACAUAGAGUGGCUGACUUUAUGGUUUCAACGCUCUUGGUAGAAGCUCAACGCUGCCAUGUGUUUUGCAGUAAAAUCAUACGAGGUGCUGAUAGUCGCGUGUUGUUUGUAUCAGAUCUUAUUUUUACAUUGUUGUCUUUUUAUUUAUCUGCAUAUACAUUAGUUGUUAGAAUAAUAAUAUCCACAAAGUCUUUGGUAUGUUCGGCAUAUAACUGUACAAACAAGUCCCAAAUAUAUAGCGUUUUUCAAGUUUGCUGCCUUAUUUGCGAUCCCUUUGUUGGCUUCUUAUUGCAAUAACGUUCACUUUCCAGCUUUUGACUAACUACAAUAACAUUUCAACAACUUCCAUUCUUAUGACAAUAACCAAUGCAGGAAGCAGUGUGCAUUUGAAGUUUCUCAAUUCAUUCUCCUAACAUAUUGUCAUUGCAUUUUAAACUAUUGGUUUUUUGUCAUGGAGCAUAAGAGUAAGAGAAUUUAUAUAGCCCAGCUCAUGCCCACCUGGCUGUAACCAGCACCAAAUGGAAUACUAGAAUACUGUUUCUCCGAAGGUCGCAGCUUUCACUUCAUAAAAUAUGGCUUCAAUUUGCUGCACAGAUGGAGGCGCUUCAGCCUCUCUAUGUAGUAUGUUCUAGCUCGUUAGAGAGAACUUAUUUUAACAAACAAUUGUUAAAUAAUUUAUAUUGUUCAGAUAAUACAUCAGUAAUCUUCAGUUUUAGGACCUAUCAAGUUACUGGGUCUUUUUAUAAUAUUUUAGACUCGCACAAAUAUUUGCUAAAAUGUGAUUAUAUCCAGGGAUAAAAUCGGGUUCUAUAUUAUUACAAUUAUUGAAUCUCGCAAGUGAUCUUUCAACAAUAAACUUAUUAAAUCAGUUCAUUUGUAGAAGAAUAUUUUGUGCCUGAUUGUGUAAGAGAAUUUUUAUAUUAAAGGUAUUUAUAGGAAUUAAUAAAAGUGAUCUAUUGCUGAAUAUGAAUUAUAUUUUCCAGUCAAUUUCAAUGUGACUUUCACAUUAUUCCCAGAACUAACAGAAUAGAAUUCAAUAAUUUUGGCUUUAAAAAUGGUAUGCUCAAACUUUGAAAAUGCAGUGUUGCAUUUAUGAAUCUCUGGGACAUGUAUAUUAUUGUAUUUUGAACAGAGGUGCUCACAGUUACAUGUGAAAUUUACUCAUUCCGUAAAAUAAAUUUUACACUGGUGAAUGUUAAGAAGUGUCCAGGACUAGAAUCUAUUUUUUAGACUUUUCCAUAUUUUUCAAGGGUAACAAGAUGUGUAGAGGGGGCAAGAGAUGCUUCCUCCACUACUUGUAAAUUGGGCUAGUUAAUUUAUGAGAUCUGAAUUCAUUUAGUUUGUUAUUUGACUGAGGAUAUGAAAGGGUAUUUUUUAUUUCUGUGUCAGCUGAAGACUGGUGCAUUUUGAAUGGCAUUUCGAUAGUUCAAAAAACUUGAAAAAGGAUGCAAAUUUUAUGGCAUGAUUUAUACUUGGUAUGGGUGUCUGUUUUAAAAAUGAUUGGUAUUGAACACAAUGCUUUUCAUUAUCUUGUCAUCACGUAUUUUAGGUAUAAAGGAAACAUUUGUACUGCUCACCCCCCUUUUUUUUGUCUUUUGGGAGAUUAUGAAUUGCAUGCUAUUCACUGCCAACAUUUAUCUCAAGAUUGAUGAUUGCCUUUAAAUUAGUGCCUCUGUUGUAAGGAGUCUUUUUAAGAUUAGAGAAAAUUUAACAUAACUUUGAAUUUCAAUUGUCUGGUUUAUGUUGUGUUAAUGUGUCUAUGACCUUGGUAUCAAUAGUAAAACAUAGGUCGGUGAACAUUAAUUGUACAAUUAUGAGAUUACAGUGUUAGGAUUUGUUAUAUAAACUUCAGAAUUGUUAUAUUGUAAAUAAUGUUUCUCUGAAUAAUGAUCCCUUCCCGAUCCAUAAAUGUACAGUAUAUUAAAUAAUCAAGUGAAUCUUUUAUAUUUAAUUAUAAAUUGAACAGUAUUAAAAAUUGUUUUUCAUGCAAUUACUGCCAAGGCUUCAUAAGUUUUAUCUUGAGCAGUAUUAUGUAUAUUUAUGCAGUAUGGGCAAUAAAUAGCUGUAUUAUGAAUAAACAAAAGUGGUGAAAUUUUGGUCCUUUGAAUUCACAAGUUAUACUUCAUGUAACACUUUUUAUAUUUGAUAAUUUUUAUUAUGUCGUGCAAAUAUGCAUAAAAUAAAGUUUUUCACAAAUA